AUGAGUAACUCGUCUCUCGCAGAUCAGGAUCCUGAAGCAUUGGGCCCUUCGCUGCAAAACAACAGUGAAAUUAAUGCCCUGGAGCCUCGCGAGGAUCAACCGCUACUUCAACCUCCCGAUGAGGACAGUUGGAGGCCUCCUCGUGGGUUCGUCUGGAUUCAGUUGGCGAUUAUGUCCAAUGUCUUCCUCUACGGCCUCGAUAGUACCAUCACCGCUGCGACUUAUGCUGUCAUCAGCUCUGAGUUCGAUGCCGCAAACACAGCCUCAUGGUUGACUACGUCGUAUCUUGUCACUAGCACAGCGUUCCAACCUCUCUAUGGCAGAGUAUCUGAUAUCUUUGGACGGCGACUGUGUUUCUUCAUUUCGACCAUUACGUUUGCUUUUGGAUGUCUUGGGUGCGGUGUUGCGAACAACAUCAUCUUUCUCAAUGUCAUGAGAGCAUUGACUGGCUUUGGCGGUGGAGGCUUGAUGACCAUGGCCACUAUCGUCAAUUCGGACAUGAUUCCAUUUAGGAAGCGCGGCAUGUACCAAGCUCUCCAGAACGGCAUCUAUGGCUUUGGGGCUAUUUCUGGAGCUUCCUUUGGUGGCUCGAUUGCCGACCAUAUUGGCUGGAGAUGGUGUUUUCUCUUUCAGGUACCCGUAUCAAUCCUUGCUCUGAUCAUUGGUGCUCUAGUCGUCUCUGAUCAGUCUGGAGCUUUCUCGCUCGAUGGCAAUCUGGGUACUGUCUGGCACAGAGUCGACUUCUCUGGGUCACUUCUCCUCGUCAUAGCUAUCUCGGUUCAGCUCGUAGGACUCAGCCUGGGUGGAAACGAGCUUCCCUGGUGUAGUCCUUGGGUGAUUGGAGCCUUAAUUGGGAGCAUUUUCUUGUUUGGUCUUUUCCUCUUUGUUGAGGAAAAGACGAGUGCCAUCCCAGUUAUCCCUCUCCACUUGCUGCAAGGAAGGCUACCUAUUGCAACGCAGUGUGCAAACGUUGUUCUGCUUGACUCGGCCACCACAGCCGGUGCUCGACUAGCAAUUCCUUCACUGGCCACUCCAAUUGGUGGCCUUAUUGCUGGGGUGGUUAUGUCUCGUUGGGGCAAACUAAUUGCUCUUGUGCGAACUGGAGCUCUGUUGAUGGUUCUAGGCAACGGCUUGGUGACCUUACUCCAGUUUCAAGAUUCGAAGUGGAAGUACUUUGUCUAUGUCUUUCCGGCAAACCUUGGUCAAGGCAUUAUUUAUCCCAGUAUACUGUUUACUUCACUCGCCUCGUUUGACCACGCCGAUCACGCUGUCACGGCCUCGACAGUAUACCUCAUCCGCUCACUGGGAACCGUCUGGGGAGUUUCAGUCACAUCUUCCAUCGUUCAGACUACACUCAGCGUUCGUCUGCCUGCUGCAUUGAGUGAGAUAGCAGAUAAAUGGAGAAUUAUCGAACAAAUCAGACACUCUGUUGACUAUAUCCGUCAAUUACCUCCCGACGUGCAACUCAAGGCACGUCUGGUUUACUAUGAUGGGUUGAGAUAUGCCUUUGGCGCCUCCACUGCCGUAGCCCUUCUAGGACUCUGCGCUGCCUUGAUUGCCAGUGGAACUAGCCUUCGAACAACUCACAAGUAG